CCCUCCCCCCUUUGGUUCUCUCGACUAGUACACUGUGCUUCCAUCAGUUGCAUAGUCUAAUCUCUGUUAUUUUCUUGGAUUUGUUUUACCAGGUUGUAUUUGUUCCUUGAUAUAUCUGCGUUGCACAACCAAAACAAUUGAUGGUCCACAUUGAUGCUGGGGAUCGAGAUUUGCACAAUCAUGUUUCUUUUCCAUUAACAAGUGAUUUUGCUCAAUCAAGUAACUGAUGCUAUUAGGGUUAGAUGCGAAAAUCUCGGAAACACCAGACUUCAGCCACUAUACACAGGUUGUAUGAACAACCUGUUAAAGAAAAUGAUCCAUUUUGUUUGUCUCAUAUCCAGAUAUUAGACAACAAUGCUUGUUUAGAUAUGGUCGGCGGAGGAACUGAUGUCUCCUUCCAGACCUACAAGGACCAAGUUUUUACCCUGGAAUCAUCCACGGCAGCUGCUGGUUUUGAUUCCCCUUCUGCCGUAAGCAUCUCAUCAAGCAGGAGUCCUUUCUCCCCACAAGGUUCUCAAUCAUACCUGUUUGAUCCUCAUCAUUCCCCUGACAACACUUAUAGAUCACCAUUCAGUGGAUCUUCUGUUGUUGAUGAUAGCAAUGAAUUGAAGCACAAGCUUCGGGAGCUGGAACUUUCAUUGUUGGGGCCUGAAUCAGAUUCUAUAGAUAGCUGCAAUGGCUGCUUCAUUACUGGGGCCCACCAAGCUGCUUCAUUACUGGCGAGCUUCAACUGUGAUCAACUGGUGGACAUGAUCCCUAACUUAGACUUGAAACAGAUCCUUGUUGCAUCUGGUCAAGCACUUCACGAUGGUGAUAUGUUGACAAUGACAGGUUUAAUGCAUGAGUUGGAGAAAAUGGUUUCAGUGUCCGGGGAACCUAUCCAGCGAUUGGGUGCUUAUGUGCUGGAAGGGCUUAGAGCUAGGUUGGAAUCCUCAGGGAGUAAUAUCUACAGAGCUCUAAAAUGCAAGGAGCCAACGAGCUCAGAACUGAUGUCUUACAUGCAUAUUCUCUUCAGGAUCUGCCCAUACUGGAAGUUUGCAUACAUGUCGGCACUUGCAAAACGACCUGGUGGGCCACUGUCCAUCCGUGUAACUGGUAUUGAUGAUUCGCAAUCAAAUCAUGCUCGAGGUGGGGGACUUGAUAUUGUGGGGCAGAGGCUAUCAGAAUUUGCUCGGUCAUGCAAUGUGCAGUUUGAUUUUCAUGAUGCCGCUAUAUCUAGUUGUGAAAUUCAACUAGAGAAUCUUAAGGUUCACCCUGGGGAAGCCGUUGCCGUGAACUUCCCAUACGUAUUGCAUCACAUGCCAGAUGAGAGUGUAAGCAUCUUGAAUCACAGAGAUCGACUGUUGAGGCUGGUCAAGAGUCUGUCACCCAAGGUUGUGACUCUUUCUGAACAAGAGUCCAAUACUAAUACAUCUCCAUUCUUUUCAAGGUAUCUUGAGACACUGGACUAUUAUUCGGCUAUGUUUGAAUCCAUAGAUGCAGCUUGUCCAAGAGACGACAAACAAAGGAUCAAUGCUGAGCAGCAAUGUGUGGCUCGCGAUAUAGUGAAUAUGAUUGCUUGUGAGGGGACUGAGAGGGUGGAAAGGCAUGAACUUCUGGGAAAGUGGAGAUCAAGGCUAACGAUGGCUGGUUUUUCACAGUAUCCAUUGAGCUCUCCAGUAACUAUGGCUGUAAGAGAUAUGUUGAAGGAGUAUGACAAUAACUAUAGACUUGCAGAGAAGGAUGGGGCCCUCUAUCUUGGCUGGGUAAAUAGAGCAAUGUCGACAUUUUCGGCAUGGAGGUGAAAGCCUGUCAAACCAUGCAUUAUGUAACUUCAAUCCAUAUUUUUGUUUGUUUAGUUUUCUGUUGA